UAUCUCCUCUGCUCCGCAACUUUUUUUUACUCUCCCAGAUAUUUUCACUCCUCCAUCUCUUUCCCCCGCCUUCAAGAGAAUAUUACCUUUUUCAGAACUUCCCCCAUAUAUUUCUCUAGCUCUUUUUGCCACCUCUCAAUCUUGUUUGUGUAUCAGCUCUAGCAACCGUUCCAUGGUUUAAUUGGCAACUGAAUUGUUGCUGUUUCUUAUGCGAUUUUUGGAAGCGGUUCGUAAUUAGGAUUCGAAAAGUUUAAGCCGGAUUCCGGUAUGGAUAGACACGGAGGAUCCAACGGAUCUUGCUUCUACUCCGUUCUCGGGAUCCGUAAGGAUGCCUCCUUCUCCGACAUUCGCUCCGCUUAUCGCAAGCUCGCCAUGAAAUGGCAUCCGGAUAGAUGGACUAAGAAUCCGAACGUCGCUGGAGAAGCUCAUCGGAGGUUUCAGAAAAUUCAAGAGGCAUAUUCAGUGCUCUCCGACGAGGGAAAGAGGUCAAUGUACGACGCCGGAUUCCUUGAUCUACUCGAGGAGGACGAGGGGAUGGGUGAUUUCCUGCAUGAUUUGAUGAACAUGAUGGAUAACAACGUGGGGGCAGAGGAGGAGAGUUUAGAGGAUCUGCAGCGGACGUUCGUUGAGAUGUUCGGUGGUGAUUUGGCGAAGAUGAUGGAGAAUGAUGAUCAGACGACUAGGAAGAGAACACGGGACAGUGGGUCCAGCGUAAGGGCAGCUCCAAAACGGGGCAACAGCUGUGGAACGUCAUAUCACUGACGGUCUGCUUCGUACCAGAUCAUGGCCUUUGGCAUUUUGUGGUAGAAAAAAAAAUUAUAUAUAUGGCCUAUGAUUAUGUACUUAAUUCUUCAAUUAAUAGGUGCAAAUUUUGGACUAAAGGGGAACUAACUGUCAAUUUGGGGGGUAGAUUAGGCAAAGUUCCACAGCUAAUUUGGCCCUUUUUGGACUUUUUCCGUUGUUCGGUGGUGCAAGGAGGAUUGCUAAUUGCUUUGGUGAUUAGUUUACGUGAUAGAGCUCUUUUUAUUUUUAUUUAGUAUUUUUUGAAGGAAGCUUUUUUUAUUCAAAUAAACAUACAUGUUUGUGGUUACACAAUUAAA